UCCCAGUUCCCCCGGGCUGGUGGGUGUUCCGCCCGGAGGGGCUGUCCCAGGUCGUGGUCCCGCGGAACCGAGGCGCUGCCGGUCCCCCGAGACCGUGCACCAGCUGCGAGUUUCUCAGCGGGUACAAAUGAUGCAAAAUGUGCACCUGGCUCCAGAGACUGACGAAGAUGACCUUUAUUCUGGAUAUAAUGACUACAACCCAACCUAUGACACCGAGGAAUUGGAGAAUGAUACAGGUUUUCAGCAAGCAGUAAGAACUAGUCAUGGCAGAAGACCUCCAAUAACUGCUAAAAUACCAAGCACGGCAGUUACUAGACCUAUAGCUACUGGAUAUGGGUCCAAGACAUCCUUAAUGUCAUCAAGGGGAAGACCAGUGACAGGAGCUAUUCAGGAUGGAGUUACUAGACCCAUGACAGCAGUGAGAGCAGCUGGGUUUACCAAAGCAGCUUUGAGAGGUUCUGCAUUUGAUCCCCUUGGUCAAUCAAGGGGCCCUGCCCCUCCUCUGGAAACCAAAAACGAAGAUAGUCCGGAAGAAAAGAUUAGGCAAUUAGAGAAGAAGGUAAAUGAGCUGGUAGAAGAAAGCUGUAUUGCCAACAGUUGUGGAGACUUAAAAUUGGCCUUAGAAAAGGCUAAAGAUGCAGGAAGAAAAGAAAGAGUCCUGGUGCGGCAACGAGAACAAGUUACAACUCCAGAAAAUAUCAAUUUGGAUUUAACUUACUCAGUGCUCUUUAACUUGGCCAGUCAGUAUUCAGCUAAUGAAAUGUAUGCUGAAGCGCUAAAUACAUAUCAAGUCAUAGUGAAAAAUAAAUUGUUUAGCAAUUCAGGAAGAUUGAAAGUGAAUAUGGGAAACAUUUAUUUAAAGCAAAGAAAUUAUUCCAAAGCCAUUAAAUUCUACCGAAUGGCCUUAGAUCAAAUCCCAAGUGUCCAUAAAGAAAUGAGGAUUAAAAUAAUGCAGAACAUUGGAGUUACGUUUAUUAAAACUGGUCAGUAUUCAGAUGCCAUUAAUUCACUUGAGCACAUAAUGAGUAUGGCGCCAAACCUGAAGGCAGGCUUCAACCUAAUUCUUAGUUAUUUUGCCAUUGGAGACCGAGAAAAAAUGAAGAAGGCAUUUCAAAAAUUGAUUGCUGUUCCAUUAGAAAUUGAUGAUGAUGAUAAAUAUAUUUCACCAAGCGAUGAUCCCCAUACUAAUUUAGUAAUUGAAGCUAUAAAAAACGAUCAUCUCAGACAAAUGGAACGUGAAAGGAAAGCCAUGGCAGAAAAAUACAUCAUGACAGCUGCAAAACUUAUUGCUCCUGUGAUUGAGACAUCCUUUGCAGUAGGUUAUGACUGGUGUGUGGAGGUAGUGAAAGCUUCUCAGUAUGUGGAGCUGGCCAAUGAUCUGGAAAUAAACAAAGCAAUCACAUACUUGAGACAAAAAGACUUUAACCAAGCUGUCGAUACCUUAAAAAUGUUUGAAAAGAAAGACAGCAGGGUGAAAAGUGCAGCUGCAACCAACCUCUCAUUCCUGUACUAUCUGGAAAACGAAUUUGCGCAGGCCAGCAGCUAUGCAGAUCUAGCUGUGAACUCUGAUAGAUACAACCCAUCAGCGCUUACUAAUAAAGGGAACACAAUUUUUGCAAAUGGUGAUUAUGAGAAGGCAGCCGAGUUCUAUAAAGAGGCUCUAAGAAAUGAUUCUUCUUGUACUGAGGCCCUUUAUAAUAUUGGCCUUACCUAUAAGAAGCUCAGCCGGCUAGAGGAAGCUUUGGAGUGUUUCCUGAAACUUCAUGCAAUUCUGCGGAACAGUGCCGAAGUGCUUUACCAGAUAGCAAAUGUAUAUGAGUUAAUGGAAGAUCCCAAUCAGGCUAUCGAAUGGCUAAUGCAGCUGAUCAGCGUUGUUCCAACUGAUUCUAAAGCUUUGUCUAAACUAGGAGAAUUAUAUGAUAGUGAAGGAGACAAAUCCCAGGCAUUCCAGUACUACUAUGAGUCAUAUAGGUAUUUCCCUUCUAAUAUUGAAGUCAUUGAGUGGCUUGGAGCCUAUUACAUUGACACUCAAUUUUGUGAAAAAGCCAUUCAGUACUUUGAAAGAGCUUCCCUUAUACAGCCUACACAAGUGAAAUGGCAGCUGAUGGUAGCAAGCUGUUUCAGAAGAAGUGGUAACUACCAAAAAGCAUUGGAUACUUACAAAGAUAUUCACAGAAAAUUUCCAGAAAAUGUUGACUGUCUGCGCUUCUUGAUUCGUCUCUGCACAGAUAUUGGAUUAAAAGAGGUUCAAGAAUAUGUCACAAAACUCAAGAGGCUGGAAAGAAUGAAGGAAAUAAGGGAACAGCGCAUAAAGUCGGGCAGAGAUGGCAGUGGGAGCUCCCGUGGCAAAAGAGAGGGGAGUGCUGGCAGUGAUAGUGGCCAGAGCAGUAGUGCCGGUAGUAAAGGUGAACGACUAAGUGCCAGACUCAGAGCUUUACCUGGGACAAAUGAACCUUAUGAAAGUAGCAGUAACAGAGAAAUAGAUGCAUCCUAUGUGGACCCACUUGGCCCUCAAAUAGAAAGACCAAGAACUGCAGCCAGAAAACGAACCGACGAGGAUGAUUUUGCCGAUGAAGAGUUGGGAGAUGACUUGCUUCCAGAAUAAUACAUAGUUUUUUGUGUUACUUUUUAAAAGAAAGAAAUUGCCUUAUAAUACUCAGGAUAAACUCUGGGUUAAAUAUCCAACUUUUAGUUUUGUACACUGUUAACACUUUAUGUGUAUUCUGUUCUAUGAAUAUGGCUUUAUGUUGUUGUUUUUACGGAAUAAAAAUGUGAAACUAACGCU